AUGGACCAGAUAAUGGCGAUGGUGAAGACGGUGAACAGUUCGAGCCCCAUACAACCUCGAAGUUCGCUGGAAUCCACAAGUAGUAUCGAACAGCGGGUAGAAGUCAAAUCAGAAGUACAAGAAGCGGUGUUGUCACAAGUGUUUCCUCAUCUCAGUACAUCGAGCGAGUCAACGAGUGAAGACCAUUCGAUGUCAUUCGAAUACUUAGAAUCAGAGCCAUCAGCAGAUGGGAGGCCGCAGCAAUUGUCAUAUCGUCAUUUCGUUGUUGGAGACCCUCGCGAGAAGAAAUUGCAAGAGAAAAUCGAAUUUGUAAAGAUUGUUCUCAAGCAUAAAAGCUCGCUUUUUGGUGAUUGUGAUGGCCACGAGAUCACACCCCGAUCGAAAGAAGAUGCGUGGAAAAGAGUAGCCGCAGAAGUAGAAUCCGCGAGUCUGGAAAGUUACCGUGGAAAACCGUGGGCUCGAUUACGAGAUCACGAUUGGCAAUAUGUAAGAAGACAUGCAUUGUCGAGGAACGAAAACUCAACGAGACCCGGUGGGAAAUUAGGCGAACUCGAUAAAAUUGUAUUGGAAAUCAUUUCAACAACAGCUCUAGCAAAUGCAUUUAGUCAGGCGACAAGCUCUUUAAUAUCACAAGGUUCCACUAAUUCACACACUUCUCAACAGUCGACAGAUAGUGUUGACAUAUGGCGAUCUAUCAUUUUUAAUUCUGUCAAUCAGGAUAGUACUGACAAUCCCGAUGAUCAAUUAAUAGUUCCAAAACCAGAUGAUAUUGUUGUAAACACUUCACUUACGAUACCUGUUCCAAUAGCUCCAGUUGUUUCGAAUAAUGCUGCAGAAAAUAUUCUAGAUUAUAUAAAAGCAACUCAUGUUUCACCGAGUUUAUCAGUUGACGCAGCAAUUCAACAGGCACGAGCUCUAACAAAAUCUCCAAUUUCAAAAAAAAUAACUUGUCGAUCUGCAACUGCGCCAUCAGUGUAUGCUAUCACAUCUUCAACUGCUUCACCUCCUCAACUCACUAAAACGACUCCGAUUCAACCACCCGCUCCGAAAAGAUCAAGAGUUGAAUCGGAGAAAAGUCCCGGUUCUUCAACAGUAACAUCUUCCUUCGAACAAAAAAGAGAAGCAUUGACACUUCGCAAACUAGAGGUUGACAUUCGUCACACCGAAUUGCUCAACGAAAAAUUAGAAUUAGAAAUUCGAGCAAUAGAAGCUCAAGAAAAGCGUAAUCAAGAAUUACAUGCAAUAGAAUUGCGAGCAGCAAAAGCUAGAAUGCUACGUGGAGCUGCCAUCGACGAGCCAUCAAUAGAUACAAAUCAACGGGUUCUGGUCCGUCAACCGAACGGUUACAAUUUGGAAUGA